AGGCCUACGGUUACUCUGUACAUGUACCCGAUCAGACCCCCCCAGUCCCUAAACAACAAACAACGCUUCCCACAGUGCCGUGCGAGAUCGAUCAAUGCGUCUCAAACAUCUUCUCCUGUGUCACAUAUUGUGAGAUUCCCCGAUACAAAGACUCUCGCGCGCGCAAAAAAAAACAUUGGCUCACCCUGGCGCCCCUCUUCGGCCUUCCCCUUCAACCCACCAUGGAUAGUUUUCAGGUCUACGAGCCCGGCGGCGGGUUGGGCGCCUCGGCUCUGACGAAGCGGCAGCAGGCCAUCCUCGCCAUCCCCACGACGUACCUGGGCCUCAAUUCCGGACCAAAACCCGGCACGAUUGCUGCGAUCGUGCUUGGGUCGGUCGGCGGGUUUCUGCUCAUCAUCUACCUCAUCUGGGCGGCUCUCAACUACGGGAAUGUCUUCGGCUUUAGGCGGGGGGUCGUCGAGGAGGAAGUCAUUCGUCGACGCAGGCCACGGAGCAGCAGGCGAGAGGGCACCGUCGUGGAGGAAACCAUCGAGGUGGACAGGAGAAGUUCAGUGCGGCGACGAGGAGCAUCGUCGGUGCGGGAACCGGAUGAUGAUGGCACAGUUGAAGAUUAACCCAGCCGGAGUCUGUCUGUCUUUGACGAGGCUUUUUGGCAGAGCACGGAGCACAAAGCAUGAUCUGGGAGGUCACCAAAUUGCCGAUUUUCAGUGCCAGGUUCUAGGAGGAAUAUGCUACGGCCAUCACCAGCGGAACAGCGCCAUAUACGUGACGGAGUCUCAGAGUUGCCUGAGGCUAUGAGAGGGCUUAGAGAUCUGCGGUGCCUUUUCGCAUGAUGCAAAAGUGCCUGUUCUCAAGAGAAACACUGCGGGGAUUGUGUGGUUGAGCACUUUGAACCGCACAGGGUACAAGCCCACCACAUCACCGUCUCCAUGAGCUGUAUGUACAUUGCAUAUUCCAGCGUAAUCGCCUUCUCAAACCACGUGUGGCCAUGCGGUACCUGGCUGAGCCAGACGACAGCAACGUGCUGGAACGCUAGCCACGACGCACAUGCAACAAGGGACGGUUGGGAAUCAAUCGUGUAAAGGAAUGGGCAGGACGCAUUGUCAGGGCUGGAAGCGAACGGGUUGGGGGGGCACAUGACUGUAUAUUUAUGCCUGAAGGAUGGAGAUGACCGAGUAGUAUGGAAUAAUAGAAUUGAGUACGAG